UGUCAAAGCGGAUAAAUUGACACGUAAAUAUAACCAGAUAAUAAUCGUGUAAGAAGUGAAAUGCAGCUUGACGACAUCACCGGUUUGCCCUUUCCGAAUGUUUGACGAUUACUACAUUUUCCGUAUUGAUUACCGGGUGUGUAUAUUCUUCACUGCGCACAUAAGUAAGCUCUUAGAAUGGUGAGGUCAGUGGUUUGUGAAACGUACUUGGAAGAGUACCUCAAGGCGCUCUCCCAAAAGCAAGGCUCCAGCAUUGGAUUACUCGUUGGACAGCCAUCCAGUCAGAGUAAAGACCAUAUAAUUUAUUUAAACAAAAUCAAAGACGAUGGCGUUGCAGACCAAGAGAACAAAGGAUUGUUGGAGUUCGAUAAUCAGCAGAUUUCCCAACAUGCUCUCGUUGAGACGCGUAUCCUGCCGGGUGGUUUCUACAUUAUGGGUAUCUUCGUAAUCUACCCCAAGAACGUGUUCGAAGAUGCAACUUUACUUAAAAAAGUGAAAACAAUGCUAGUCGAUAUGCGGCACACUUUCAAUUCCAACCCACUUAUCAAGGGGAACUGUGACGAGUUGGACGGCGGGGAAAAACUUGUUUUUUAUUACUCUUCAAGCAGUAACGUUUUCGGCUGCAAAUCCGUUGCCUUGAAGUCGGACAACCUUUCAGUUAGGCCCUGCGAUUGGAAAUUUCAGGAGCAACCUGCCAAAUGGCACAUUCUAAGCACGUUCUUUGAAACCGAUGAAGUAUUUGUUCUGAAGAAAAAUAAAAAUGAGGAUCAGUACGACACAGAAGGAAAUUUAACUGAUUGCGUUGAGAAGAUAAAGCAACAGUUAGAGAAAAGUAUAGUAUUUUUUGACGGAGCACCAGUUGAUGGGAAGCAGCUGGUUGAGGAUGUGAUCAGAGAUAAAAAAGAUGAUCCGCUCCUAGUGCACAUUUAUUCGCCAUCGCUAUCGACAAAGGAUAUAAGCUUGCGCAAACUCGAAUCCCUCCCCGGUAUUUUAAAAUUUGACGGUAUCGUCAGUUCCAAGGUGUUUGUGCAUCCCAAAAACACCAUUGCCGAAGCGACCGCUUUCAUUAAAGCGGACGUGAUUCGUUCGCUCAUGUCACGUGUACAGAUCCACUGUGAUUCCUUGGUCCAGUCGGAGGAAUCUCUGACGCAAGACACCAUCGUGCUGAAUGAGCUGCCCCGCCGAAUUUACUACCCGAUACGAGCUAAAUCGAACCAGAUUCUGUUUAGCGAGUAUCUUUUAAGCGAAGAAACGAAGGAAAUUGCUAUUCCACAUACUCAGGAAACGCUGGAUUUGCAUCUAACGCCCAAGGAGCUGUGUGCCACGGUUGAAAUUGUCCCGGAAGUGAAGGAGGAAGAACCGCACGAUGCGAAGGAAUGCGACACGGGUAGCGCGGACAGGGUCGAAGGAAAGCUCAACAUGUCUUUGAUCGGUACCUUGGCGACCAUCACAGUGCUUGUAAUUGCUAUUAUUGUGUUCUAUUUGACAAAGUGAAAUGUUGUGACGAGGUUUCAUGGGUUCUCCUUAAAUGCAACUUAUGGGAUAAGAUCGAUGUUAUACAAUAUUUUGAUAUUA